GGUGUGUCCGUGGAAUCUGAGGAGAAAGAUGGCUGCGGGACGAAGGGAGAGGUUGACAAAUCUGAGAUUCGCCGUUUGAUGAUAGACAGGUUUCAGCGGAGGACGAAGCGGAAAACAGCACUCGCUUGCGUGUGUGUGGAGGAGUCUAUGUAUCGGUAUGGAGUAUAGUGCCGACAGCAAACUGGAUGACAGGGAGUGCAGACAAGCCUCGCAUGCUCACACACUGAUCACUGGUGUACAGUGACUGUUGCUGCAGACUUCAGCAGGAUUCCAUCCUUUGUAUGAUUUUACCUCUUAUUUCUUCAAGCUGGACUCUUAAUUUCUUGAUUUUUGGACGCCUUUUGUGAGCUGCCUUACCCCCCCCCCCCUUUCCCCUUUUCCCUUUUCUCUCCCUCUCCACACUUCUCUUCCCUCUCUCCCCUUCAUUCUUCCCUGUUGACCUUUUGAUCAAAUUUGGAUCAGCCUGUGCACUAAGAUGAGUUGGCUGAGUCGUUUAAAUCCAAGAGGUCCAGGCACUCAGACCAGUCGACAUGCAGCCCCAUCCAGCCCAUGCACUGCCGACCCUGAGACUUGUCUUAUGGUGUUUGAGAACCACUGGAGACAGGUGUCAGGGGUGUUGAAACAGAGAGAGUCUUCAGUGGGCGGUUAUGCCGAUGAUCUCACUGCAGUUCGCAAUCACACAGAUCAGAUGCUGUGCCUGCUAGCUGAAGAGAGACCAGCAGGGGGAGACAUUGAAUCACCAGCAAUGGGUCCUAUUCUGGAGAUGGUGGUGGCAGAGAACAUCCUUGAUGAGUUGGUACAAUGGCAUUUGCGCCGUGGUCUGGCUCCAGACAGCCAGCUGGAGCUGUUGAAAUUGUUUGAGAUGCUGAUCGGACAGUCACAUCAGCCCCUGCUCCUGCACAGUCCAGUGCUACAACCGCUCCUAAGCCUGCUGGGAGCAUGUGUGGAUCCCCAGCUGGGCUGCCCUGCUGCCCUAGAGUCCAGCCUCGUACUGCUGCUAAAUCAGGUAUGUGUGUGCAUGGCGAAGGAAACUGCAGUUUUGGAGUUGAUAUUUAGGUGUGGACCGGUACAGCAGGGUCCCACUAACCUGCUGAUCUUCUCCCUGUUGGUGCCAUUUAUUCAUCGAGACGGCUCUCUGGGGCAGCAGGCCCGUGAUGCGCUGCUGCUCGUCAUGGCAACCUCUGCCAGCAACCACGCUGUUGCACGUCACAUCGCAGAGAACUCCUACUUCUGCCCAGUGCUAGCGACAGGGCUGAGUGGACUGUAUUCAUCCCUGCCACGGAAGAUUGAGGUACGGGGCGACGACUGGCACGCCCUGCGGAGGGAGGACUGGAUGGGCGUCUCCUCUCUAGUGCUUUUCAUGAACAGUCUUGAAUUCUGUAACGCUGUAGUACAGGUGGCACACCCUCUUGUGCGCUGCCAACUCCUUGACUACCUCCACAAUGGCUUCCUGGUUCCAGUCAUAGGCCCCGCUCUGCACAAGUCGUCAGUAGAUGAGAUGAUAGCAAGCACGGCAUAUCUGGACUUGUUUUUACGCAGUAUCACAGAAACUUCCCUCCUUAAGACCUUCCUGUGCUUCAUUCUGUUGCAUCGCCAUGACAACAACACCAUCCUUGAUACACUACUCACACGCAUCAGCAGCAAUUCACGGCUGUGCAUGGUCUCUCUGAGUCUGUUCAAGACAUUGCUCAGUCUCAACUGUGAAGACCUCAUGCUCCAGCUUGUUCUCAGGUAUCUGUUGCCAUGCACACAUGUAAUGCUGAGUCAGCGAAGGGCAGUCAGAGAAACAGACCUCUAUGGCAAAUCAGCUGACAAGUUCCUUUCCCUCAUACCAGAAUGCUGCCGAAUCACUGCAGCACCCUCUAGUGAGCGGGAUGAUGAACCUGCCUUUUGGGGAAAGGUGCUAGGUAGUCCCACUUCAGAGUCACCGGUUCACCCAAGACCCAGCACUCCUUCCCGCCUCGCUCUCUUUAUUCGACAGCAAAGCUCAGGAGGCCAAGCCAACCCCCCCUCGUCUGGCUCGGAGAAUGCUCCCUCUUCUCCUCGUGGUAGUGUUUCCUCCCCGCUGUCUCCUGACAGCCCCAUGCACCAACUCCAAGACGCUUCAGAAGGAGAGACUGGCUACCUGGAGUACCUGCGUGAUGCUCGGAAGGGUAUUGAGCUCUGCUCCUGGGCCUGUCGAGACUGGUCAGCCCCUUACGAUGGAGAAAAUCCCUCUCCAAACUCUGCUGAUCCUCCACCUCCCGCUCCUUCGUCCAACCCCUCCCUCAGUAUGGUACAAGAGCAUUUCUCCAUAAUGGACCCCGCUCAGCAGAGGGCAACAGUGGUGGCUGCAGCAUGUGCCGAGUGGAGCAGUUCAGAUCGAGAUAGUGGAGAGUGGGAUGUUACCAUCAGCAAGAACUGUAUCAGUCUCACACCCCGCAGUAAGAAACACAGCCUUCUUCCCAGUUCUAUACCUCUCCAAUCUUCUUCUUCUGCAUCAGUCUCUACAGAAAUAACAGGUGCUGUGGAAACCGUAUCCCAACACUCUCAUUUGGCACCUCAUCCAGCGCUCUAUAAUGGUAUGGGGCAGGUGGAGCUCACAGAGAGUGUGGAUGAGAGAAUGGAAGUUAAGAAAGUGAAAAGGGACUCUGAUGUAAAUAACAGCGUGGUGGAGUCGGGGAUGAACGGGUCGAUGGGUAUGUGCCCGGUUGACUACAAUGUUUUACACGAAGGAUCGGCAAUGAAAUCAUCUCAGGUGCAGGUGAAGCCACAUCUGCAACAUCAAACCUCCGUGCCCUCUUCUACCCAAGAGUGUCUGCAAAGCGAGAGCCAGAGAUUAUCUCCUGUUCCUGCCUCGACCGAGACUUCCACAGUUCCCCGUGAAAGCAGGGGUCCGGAGUCCGUUGAGCGUCUGAUUGAGGAGUUGCUGGAGCAGGCGCCGUCGGAGCCAUUGUCUGGAGACUCGAAAUCCCAGGGAAUCAGCAUUGAGGCUUUUCACCAGGAGCUGAAGGAGCUGGAGGAACAUGUAAGGGAGAGGAGGGUUCUUUCACGCAGCUCGGAGGAGUCUUCUCGGGAAUCUCGCACUGCUCCUGCUCCCAGCCUGACAGAUGAGGACUGUCUUCCAGUGGAGACUGAGCAGUGCUCCAGUGAAACGAAGCCUGACAGCUCUGCCCCUGGGGUGUUUAGCCCCGCACGACCCCUCGGACAACCUCUUGCUCAACCGUACACAGGUCCAUUUAUAACAGUCCUGUUCAGUAAACUGGAGAGUAUGAUGCAGAACUCCCUAUAUGUGAACAUUUUGCUGACGGGUGUUGUGUUCCAGCUGGCCUGUUACCCUCAGCCUCUCCUCCGCUCUUUCCUUCUCAACACCAACAUGGUGUUUCAGCCAAGUGUUAAAUCACUCAUUCAGGUGCUAGGAUCAGUAAAAAAUCGCAUUGAAGUAUUUGCAGCAGCACACGAGGAUUUCCCUGCCAUGUUAAGAAAGGCUCGCCGCUUUCUGGUUGCAAGAGGAAAGUUAGACUGGUCUGACUCACCCAUGGGAGUGCCCAACCUCCGUCGUUCAGACUCAUUAAUUAAAAGCCGAAAACCAUCUCUGGGCGAUCUUAUCCUGAGGCACACCAACAGUCCUACGAGAGCUCGACAUGCAGCUCAGUUGGCCUUGGCCCACGUGAGAGACGGAGGGCAGUCUCUGCACAGUGCUUUGUUUCGGGGCGGUGCAGCCAGUGGGGGCUCUGGCCUGGAGAAGCAGGCAGAGGCACUAAGGGUGAAAAACGCAGUCUACUGUGCUGUUAUUUUCUCAGAGUUUCUCAAAGAGCUAGCAGCUCUUGCACAGGAGCAUGCUGUAGCCCUGCCCUUCCCACCUAGUCAAGGCACUGAGGAAUAACACCAGGCCAAAAUGUUCCUCUAUACUUGCUUUAUCCACUGUUCCCGGCACUGAGCUGUAGACUAUUAUAUCCCUGAGAAUUUUCAAACAAAGUAUUUUUUUCAAGGGACAUAAUGCACUCAAAGAGACAGGAAAAAUCAGUUGAUCAUAAAAGUAAAGAGAGAGGACAUCUCUUGUUAAUAAUCUCAUGUUCAUAAUGUCGUUUUUUUUAUUGUACAGGACCAUUUAUCCAUUAAGCUUUAGGAAAUUGUGCAUCUAAAUCUUGUAUAUAGUCUAUAUAAAAUAUCUAUGUGUAUAAUGAUUUUUGUACACUCAGAGAGACUUGCAUCCUUUAAGCUGGAGGAAUUUGGCCGUAAACUUGCACUCCCUACGUUUCUAAGUCAUUUCAGAGACUAGCUAAAGUAGACACACUACACACGGUUCUUUUAAACUUUUAUGGGUGCGGAAGUACCAUUUACAUUUUUAGCAAUGUCGAACGGUUAUUUUCUCUUUUAUAGAAAUAUAGGUCUGUGAGAUCACACCAGGAUCAAUCAGAAAUAAUCAUCUGGCCAUUUUCAAAGGACGAGAUGUCAGAUAUUGUUUACCAAUCACAAGCUGGGCAAUAGGUCCUCGAUAUCGGGGAUUUGCCCCUUUAUUGACAUCUCUGAAAAAUCAACAAGUGACAAAAUGUUCAAGUUCUGCCAAACUCUAGCACAAAUCUUCUUGUCCAACAACUAGAGUGACGUUAGAGCCCGUAAAGAGGGGAGAGGGUUCAGCAGCACAUUUUCUAGGAUGUUCAUUUCUGGACGUUUUAGGGAAAUGCAAAUGGUACAUUCACCUAGCAUGACAUUACAUAUCCUCUUUCGUUUUUUUGGGAAAGGCACUGAUUUUUCUGCCCACAAAGAUUUCCUUUACUGGAUGUUAGCGUCCCUUUUGGCGUCUGACUAGGUGCUAAUGUCUUAAAUAUUUGGCUGGUAUGAGCAUAGAAAAGCUUGCUUAAUAAUUACCUGUCCCUUUAAGGAGUGAGCCAAGUUAUGUCAAUCAUAAGCCAUCUUAGUGUUGAAUCAAAGUGUUUUUUUUUCUGUUCACUACUUGAUUUUGCUAGUGUUAUGGAGUAUGAGUGAAUUCAUAGUGGAAACGCCAUGCCACUUUUUAAUUUGUUUAUUGCCAAAAUACUUUAGACACUUUAAUUUUCAGAAUGGAAGUUAGGACAUGCAUGUGCAUAAGUUUUGUGAGUGUUAUUUUUUUUUUUCCAGUAUCAUUUUUGGCCCUUGUGUCUUAAACACUUAUGCUGAUCUGAAAUCAUCCAUCCAAGAGCUUUUAUCAUGCAAAGCCAGAUGCACAUUACCUCAGUUUACUUUUUCUUUCCAUGCAGUGUUGUUUCUGCUUCACUUGUGUUCAGUAAUUCUGUUCGAUCAAAUAUGCUUUUUGAUCAGUUUCUAGAUGUAAGAGCAGACAAUUUGAAAGGCGGUUAUAUAUUAUUUUCUAGUUGCUAAAUUGUCAAUCCAUCCAUUUUCCCCUCCUUAUCUAUCCACCCAUCCACAGAGGGUCUGUGUGGAACAUUAGUUUGAUGCUUCUCUGCUUUUGUUAGUUGAAAUAUGAAAUGUUUAGCAUGCAAAUUCCAUAUUUAAGGAUAAUGGUAGACCAUGUUAGUGUCAAAAAAUAGUUUGUGCUUUCCUUGAAACAUGCUCUGAUGUCUGUGUGGGUGAGAGAUGAAAUGGAAAGGAUAAAGAGCAAGAGGUUGAAUGAAGAAACGGUACAUAUAUGUUAGGGUUCGUUUAUCUCUAUGGAGACAGCGGUUAUUAUACUUCCUUUCAGUUUCUAAGUUAGAAAUCAAAUAGGCCUAUACAACUGAUGUGUCGUAAGAUACCAAUGCACAAGAAAUGCCCAUUGUUUUUAUGAUGCAAUUAUAUGCCUGAUGUGGAGCAGAUAGCAUGUUUUUUUCUUUUUAUACAUAAGUGUUUGGUAUGAUUUUGGGAAAAUUUAAAAAAUCAGGAGCUCAUUGAUUGUGUGUGCUUGUUAUUGAAAACUGUUUGUUUGAUCAGUAUACAUUGCACGAUUUUUAAGUUGAUUUUUCUGUAUUUGGUUUUCUCUUUAUUUUUUCUUUCACUGUCCAUUUUUUGGAAUGAAAUGUUGAUGUUGACAAGGACUUCUGCAGCUUGUUAUCUAUGCAAACUGGUUUCCGUGUUUCUGAGUAAGUGAAGAUGGUUAAACCUUUGGGGACAAACACAAACUAAAUGUACAAUCCAGAACCCCACUCUUCAAUAAUUGACUUAUCCCUUAUCAAUUCAGUAAUCUACUGGACUGUAUGGAAACUCGUGCAAAAUGAUGAAUGUUAUCAAAAUAUUUUUCUAUAUAUAAAAUGGAGGAGGAGGAAAGUGGAACUGAAUGGAGAUUUAAAUCAACGAUAAAACCUUCAAAGACAAACACUAAAAGGGAAUGUUUUUAUUAAUUUAUAAAUGUUUUACC